AUGGCUCUUGCAAGCUCCAACACCAGUCUCCUCUCCUUGCUGCUUCUGUUCCUCCUGAUGCUGCUCCACCAGGGACUCCAGACUCCAGUGCCGCCUUCAGUUUCAGCCUCAGGCAAAGCCAGCCAGUGCAACAUUAUUGUCAAGGAAAUUCUGAGUUCCAUCAAAGAAUCUAAUCUCAGCGAAGACGAUGUCAGAGUAAAACUGAAGAUACUUGGGCGUUGCCUGCCCAAGGUUGAGGGCACCUCUGAGAUGACAGGCAUCGUCCUUAAAAAUGAUGAGGAGGACUUUAAACAGAAACUGAGGUACUUUGUGAGUGAACUGAAGAAUCUGCUGCCAACACCAAUCCCUACAACACCUCAUCCAACCUCUGACCCGGACAUGUCUUGCCUGUGA